CAUUGGGCACAGGCUGCACUGUACUUAAUAAUAUGCUGAUUGAGUGGUGUCAGUGAUGAGUAGUUUCGACGAGCGACAUUAUUCUUUCCGCAAGAAAUUUGAUUACUAACACAAUUACGUCACUAUUGCAUCCGCACCCAAUUCCUCUCCUCUUCUGAGUGUGAAUCAAUCAGCAACGAGAGUUUUUUUAAGAAUUUCAACGAAUUAAACGACAAGUCAAGGGGUAUUGGUUCGGUGCCUCUCCUUUUGCUUCUUUUCUGUCUCUCUUAACGCUGAUUGUUAGGAUCAAUCCGAGAGAAAAGGAAAGCGAGAGCCAUUAUUAGAAUAAAGCACAGAGAUAUUUUGAAACGAAAUGGCGUACCAAAUGCACGGCUCGGUAAACCCCUCCCGUGGCACCAGCAAGGAGGCUGACACCAUGAUGUGGCAAGGGGGGUACGGGGUAAUCGAUUCGGGCGUCCACUCUGGAGCUACAACUGGAGCACAUUCCGUUCGAAAUGAUGACGGAGAUGAGGACACUGCACUGUUUUUCAACAUGGAUUCACAAGAGUACACUGGCUUUACGCCGGACCAAGUAGAUGAAAUGAAUUCAGAGUUGAUGCUGACCCGAUCUCAACGUGUUCGAGCUGCCAUGUAUCCGGAAACCCUGGACGAAGGAAUGGAAAUUCCCUCGACACAGUUUGACCCUUCACAGCCAACUGCUGUGCAAAGGCUUGCGGAACCAUCACAGAUGUUGAAGCACGCUGUGGUCAAUUUGAUAAAUUACCAGGAUGAUGCUGACCUAGCUACCAGAGCCAUUCCAGAAUUGAUUAAGUUAUUGAACGAUGAAGAUCAAGUGGUUGUUUCACAAGCAGCAAUGAUGGUUCACCAAUUGAGUAAAAAGGAAGCUUCCAGACAUGCAAUUUUAAACUCGCCACACAUGGUAGCAGCGUUAGUAAAAGCAAUAUCCAGUUCCAAUGACUUGGAGACGACAAAGGGAGCCGUCGGAACGCUUCAUAAUUUGUCCCAUCAUCGUCAAGGACUUCUUGCAAUCUUUAAGAGUGGUGGAAUUCCAGCACUUGUAAAACUUCUGAGCUCCCCAGUUGAAGCAGUCUUGUUCUACGCAAUUACCACCUUGCACAAUCUCCUGUUACAUCAGGAAGGAUCCAAGAUGGCCGUAAGGCUAGCUGGUGGACUUCAAAAAAUGGUUUCGCUGCUUCAGCGAAACAAUGUAAAGUUUCUUGCAAUAGUUACAGAUUGUCUUCAAAUCCUUGCAUAUGGAAAUCAAGAAAGCAAGCUCAUUAUCCUGGCUUCCCAAGGACCUAUUGAAUUGGUCAGAAUUAUGCGAAGUUAUGACUAUGAAAAGUUAUUGUGGACUACGUCCAGAGUACUGAAAGUACUGAGCGUCUGCAGCAGUAACAAACCAGCAAUUGUUGAAGCAGGUGGGAUGCAAGCAUUGGCACAUCAUUUAGGUCAUCCCUCACAACGUUUGGUGUUAAACUGUUUGUGGUCUCUUCGCAAUUUAUCCGAUGCUGCUACCAAAGUGGAUGGCUUGGAGCCAUUGUUGGGAAGCUUGGUGACACUCCUGUCAUCAGAGGAUGGAAACAUUGUCACCUGCGCUGCUGGAAUCCUCUCCAACUUGACUUGUAAUAAUCAGCGAAACAAGGUCGUUGUCUGUCAGUUGAAUGGCAUUGAAGCCUUGGUCCGAACUGUACGAGCUGCUGGUGAACGAGAAGAAAUAACUGAGCCAGCCAUUUGUGCUUUGCGUCACUUAACAUCUCGUCAUCCUGAAUCAGAAAUGGCACAAAAUGCUACACGACUGUGCUUUGGAAUUCCAGUUGUCGUUAAGUUGAUGCAACCACCAUCACGCUGGCCCUUAAUUAAAGCAGUUAUUGGACUAAUCCGUAAUCUUGCUUUAUGUCCAGCCAAUCAUACUCCCAUUCGAGAACAGGGAGCCAUUGCUCGACUGGUUCAUCUUCUUAUGCGUGCAUACCAAGAUUCACAGCGCCGAACUUCUGUUUCCAGUGGAGGUAGCUCUGCUAUUUAUCCAGACGGAGUUCGCAUGGAAGAGAUUGUUGAAGGAACUGUUGGCGCUUUGCAUAUUCUUGCUCGCGAAGCGCAUAACAGGGCUCAGAUUCGAGGAAUGAAUGUCAUUUCCAUUUUUGUGCAGCUCCUAUAUCACGAACUUGAAAACAUUCAACGCGUUGCUGCUGGAGUACUUUGCGAGUUGGCUGCAGAUAAAGAGGGGGCCGACAUGAUUGAACGAGAAGGAGCAACUGCACCACUCACCGAAUUACUACACUCGAGAAAUGAAGGGGUUGCAACCUAUGCUGCUGCAAUUCUGUUCCGAAUGUCGGAGGACAAACCUCCAGAUUACAAGAAACGCUUGUCCAUGGAAUUAACUACUUCCUUGUACGACCGAGAAUCUAUGUGGGGACACGACCCCAUGAAUGGGGCGCCUCCUGAUUUUCAGGACAUGCUUUCGCCCGACCACGUUUUCGACACGCCUAUGAUUUAUGGGUCGAACCAACCCUCUAUCCCAAGUAAUUAUAAAGGAUAUGGGGAUGUUGGAAUGAUGGACUUCAACUUUGAAGGUAUGGAAAUAGACGGAUAUGAACAACAAGUCCCUCCACCACCCCCCGCUGCAGACGGUAAUCAAGAUGCCGCCUGGUACGACACAGACUUGUAAUUAUUAAGAUGCAAACUCCUCUUUAAGUCUUAAGAAUAAGAAUGUCACGUAGUUUAUUGUUUUUAGAUUUACGUUGACCUUUUGACAAGCGUUAUUUCAUUGUUCAACGAUUAGUUUGUUUUUAUUUUGUUGAGUUAUAAACGUGCCAGCAUAAUUUUUAAAUUUCGGCAUUCCGUUUUUCGACAACAUCCAAAUCAAUCAGUAUGCAAUCAUUUCCGUUAUAACUACAAAUUAUGAGUUAUUUUCAACUGUAUAAAGUAAGUAUUAAAGAGCGCCGUCGUUUUUUGUAGAACAAAUUUCUAUUCACAAAUCAAAUUAAUGUAUUGCCAUCAUCCUCCGUUCCAUCUACUACUACUUAAUUUAUUUAUCAUAUAUAAAUAUGUAUUCUUGCCGUUCAAGUUGUUAUUAUCCAUGUGACAUUUUCAUACUGAUGUUUCUACAUUAUUUACGUCGUAGCCGAUAGUUUUGUACAAAAAUGUUACGAAUUAUAGAUAACCUGAAAUUGUAUUAGUAAUCUGAUUGUAGAAACAUACUAAGAAUUGGAAUAUCUUAUUGUGCUGCUAAUAUUGUUAAUAAUAAAUUCAUCUUUUCUCUCAAGGA